GCGAGGCCAGGCCCGUAGAAGGAGGGGCGAGCGGGGUUGGGGCAGGCAGAGAGGCCGCCGUGGGGCCUGCACCAAUCCACACCCCGCUCCCUCCCCCAGCCUGCUUUUUUUUUCUUUUGCAUCCAAAGAAGUUUGCUGCGCCUUUGGCUCCGCCUGCUUCUCGGCCAGCCUCCAUCCCCGUUGCACACUCCGACAGACACACAUACACACACGCCUCCCCCGUGCAGGCUUGCCAAGCGCCUCCGAUGUGCACGAGCUCAGGCUCGCGGGCUUUAAAGCACAGGGCGCCCGCCGCUGCCCGCUCGCCCGCCGGCACCUGGCCUCGCCAGAGCCCCUUGCAGACAGGCGCUCGCCCGGCCCACCCGGGGGUCUGCGAGCUGCCACGGACGCCUGGCUCCUACGCAUAAGCGAGCCGGGGUUGGCAAGGGUCUCUGCCCCGGGGCACCGCGGCAACUGCUAGCCCGAAGUCUCCAAAGGUGCAGCCUCGUCGCCCAUGAGCCGGUGACGGCCCCCAGCCCCCGGGGGAUGGCGAGGCCCUCGAGCGACAGGUCCCCGGCCCCACAGCUGCUGGGCGGCCCGGCGGGAGGCGCGGCGCUGCACGGCCUGCGAAGCCUCCUGCAGGGGCCCGGGAAGACCAAGGAGCCGCCGGCCAGUUGUCUCCUAAAGGACAAGGAGCGCAAGGCGGCGGCCGGCGGCAGCGAGGAAGUGGGCGGCCUUUUAGGGGUCUCGGGCCGGCCCCGCUCGGGCCCGGGUCCCGGAGCUCUGCUGGCCUCCCUGCUGUGGGAGCGGCCCCUGCCCUUCGGCGACGUGGACGACGUAGACCUGGACGCCUUUCUGCUGGAGCACGGGCUGCCGCCCAGCCCUCCGGACCCUGGGCCGCCGCCGCCCCGCGCAGCCCCUGCCCCUAACGCCGCCGCCCCGUCCUGUUCCUCGGGCUCCUCGUCCCCGGCCCCGUCCAGCUCUUCCUCCCCAGUGCCAACGCCCACGCCGGCCUCUCCACGGCUGACCUCGGGGGGACACGUAUUGGGCCCCAGGGCCCUAGGCGCAGGUGGCUCGGGCUCCCAGCGCGCAGGCCCGGCCUCCCGGGACACCCCCAGCCCGGUGGACCCGGAGUCGGUGGAGGUGCUGAUGACUUUUGACCCCGACCCGGCCGACCUGGCCCUGUCCAGCGUCCCAGGCCAGGACACCUUUGACCCCCGGAAGCACCGCUUCUCUGAGGAGGAGCUGAAGCCGCAGCCCAUCAUGAAGAAGGCUCGGAAGAUUCAGGUGCCAGAGGAGCAGAAGGACGAGAAGUACUGGAGCCGGCGCUACAAGAACAACGAGGCGGCCAAGCGCUCGCGGGACGCGCGGCGGCUGAAGGAGAACCAGAUCUCGGUGCGGGCGGCCUUCCUGGAGAAGGAGAACGCCCUGCUCAGACAGGAGGUGGUCGCCGUUCGCCAGGAGCUCUCCCACUACCGCGCCGUGCUGUCGCGCUACCAGGCCCAGCACGGGGCCCUGUGACGCCUCCCCAGCGCCCCCAGGCCCCACCCCGGCCUCCCCGUUUCCGGACACUGCCUCCUGGUCCCCACUGGUUGCCGGCUCCCACCUCCACCCCAGAACAUUCUCCUUUGGGGAGGCCCUGGGCCCCACAACCCCAAGUUCUUGGCACACUGGGACCAGCAGGCUCUUCCCAGGAACACUGUGGCCCUGGGCAGACUUGGCCCCCUCCCCGGGCUGCAAGACACCCCUUCCUCCCUGGCCAGGACUGAGGGGCCAGCCCCGGGGAAGCGUCCCGCGGCAGCCCCAUUACUCUCCCUUGAACUCUGCCCCCUGCCUGCCCACUAGUAUGGCCGGGGAUGGGCCGUCUGGGCUCCUCGAGGGGCUAAGGCCCAGGGAUCAGUAGGGCACGGUGCUGAGAUGAUGAUAAAUCUAUCUAUAUAUAUAUAUAUAUUUUUUAAGAAAAAAGUACAGACCCCUCCUCCUCCUCUGAGAUGAGUGGGGGGAGGAUGCGGGAGUUGGGGGGGCCCCCCUUCCCAUUCCUUUGCUCCCUGGCCCUCUCCAACUGAAUAACUCCAAUAAACCAUGAGAAGCUGA